CUCCACCACUACUACCUGCCGUUUGUUUUAUGGCUUCGUGUGAGCUUUAAAACCUCCUUGCCUUGUGAUCCUGCCCAUCUCUCUAUAUAUACCAAUUGAAACAACCAUUUUCAUUCAUUUCACUCGGUACAUUUUCCACAGGAGGAGCUAAUUAGUGAUCAACAGAAUGGGCAGCCAAGAGGAGAAAAUCAAAGUAUUAAAGCUAUGGGUGAGUCCCUAUGCUAAUCGAGUGUUGAUAGCAUUGGAAGAGUUGGGUGUGGAGUAUGAUACCCAAGAAGAGGAUAUGGACAACAAAAGCCCCGAUCUUUUAGAAGCCAAUCCCAUUUACAAGACUGUGCCCACCAUUAUUCACAAAGGGAAGCCAUUGCCGGAGUCUCUGAUAAUUCUUGAAUAUAUACACGACACCUACUCUUCUUUUUCAACUCUUGUACCCACAGAUCCAUACGAAAAAGCCAUUGCCAGGUUCUGGGCCGAUUUCAUAGAUAACAAGUUUUGGAUUGCUGAAUACAGAAUUAUAGUGAGACAGGGAGAAGCUCAGGAAAUUGCUAAGAAAGAGUUCAUUGAUUCGCUUUUUUUGCUAGAAGAGGCGAUACAGAAAAUCUCAGGGGGGAAACCCUACUUUGGUGGAGAUAAAUUUGGUUAUCUUGAUAUUGUACUUGUUCCGUAUGUGUUCCUGUGGCAUUCUGCAGAAAUUUUUGGGGAAUUCAGAAUUCCUUUGGAGAGUUGCCCACAUUUGAGCGCUUGGAUUGAAUUAGUUUCUAAAAGAGAGAGUGUUGUAAAAAUUCUCCCAAGUGCUGAAGCAUCGCAUGAAUGGUUCACCCGGUCAAGGAAGAAAGCAUUGUCUACAUCAAAUUAAUGUUUUACUUAAAACUGGUACUCUGAUAUUAUGAAUGAAAAUUGAAAAAUCCUUAGAAUGUAAUAUGAUAUCUAUGAUCUUCAAUGUUAAAAUCAAUAAAAAUUAUUCUAGAACUUUU